CACUACGGAUCAUCGUUGAACAAUUAACUGAAUGGAACUCGUCACUAUAUAUCAGCUUCCUUGACUAUGAGAAAGCAUUUGACAGUGUGGAUAGGAGGACUACAUAAAACCUUUGACACUAUCGUGUACCUGAGAAAAUCGUCAACAUCAUACGGAAUUUAUACGAUGGACUAUACUGCAGUGGUGCACGGAAAGACAACUGACACGCAUUCCAAGUGAGGACGGGAGUCAGACAAAGUUGCCUACUCUCCCUUUUUCUCUUCCUUCUGGUAGCUGACUUGAUUAUGAAAACCUUGACAUCAGACGAGAAGUACGGAAUAAAAUGGACAGGUUGGGCGCAACUUGACGAUUUGGACUUCACAGAUGACCUGGCUCUUCUAUCGCAUACACACGAACAAGUGCAGAUAAAGACAACUGGUGUAGCAGCAGUCUCUGCAUCAGCAGGCUAUGGUAUACACAAAGAAAAAAGUAGGAUCCUCAAGCACAACAAGGUGAACACCAAUCCAAUCACACUUUGUGGAGAAACUCUGGAAGAUGUGGAACCUUUCACGUACCUGGGUAGCAUCAUCGAUGAACAAGGAGGAUCUGAUGCAGAAGUAAAGGCGAGGAUUGGAAAAGCAAGGACAGCAUUCAUACAGUUGAAGAAUAUAUGGAACUCAAAACAGAUAUCUGCAAGCCAACAUCAAACUCAGAAUCUUCAAUACGAGCUUCAAGACAGUUCUACUGUAUGGAGCUGAAACUUGAAGGACUACUACAACCAUUAUCAAAAAUGUACAAAUAUUUAUAAAUAGUUGUCUACACA